AUGUCCAAUUUUGGCGAUGCAGACAAGCUGGCGGCCGCGAGGGAGCUGCAACGCUCAUUCUCGACUCGCGCUGAUGCCCCCCGUGGAUCUGGACGAGGGUCCGGAUCGCGUCGUGCUCGCGCCGCCAAUAUUCGCACGCAGCUCUCAGCUACCACCCCACGGGCAGGCCAUCAGGAUACUGCUUAUCGAAGUGGCACUCGUGGUCGAGGCGGAAACGUUGCGACCAGAGGCCGUGCUGGCGGAUACGUGAAUUCGCCUGCUACUCGUGCCAGGAUCAACCAGCGAAACCCCAGUGCUCGCAAUGCCUCCCAUCCUGACAAUUUCAGCAGUGGCAGUCUCAACCAAAGUGUGACGUUUGGCCAGCUCUCUACUGGAUCCGAGGGUAGCAAUAACUAUGGCACGGCUAGGUCGAUGAAUGCUCAGAAAAGCAACGCCAGCACUACGGCCUACUCGCGCGGUCUCGGAACUUCUCGAUUCGCAGAUCCCGAAGCGGCGCCAGUUGAUGAGGCUCCUCGUCCUAAACGUCAGCAGGUUGAUAAUUCUAUGGAUUCUCAGCCAGUCAAAUCGGGACGGUUCGUGGGCUUCUACCAGGACCCCCACGAUGAGCUGGAGUUUGUUCCUGACGACGCACCUGUCAAGGAGAAACGAUCAAAGGGAUUGCAGACUUCACGAUUCGCAAGUGCAACACCUCAGUCAUUCUCCUCUGACGGUAUUGACUCGACUAUGACUACGUACACAGUGGAUCUAGAUCAAGCUAACCCCAGAUACGAAGGCUUUUAUCAGGACGCAGAUCAACCGCAGAUUGCAACGAAUACCCAAGCCUCUACCUCUCCCCCGACAAUCAAUGACCCUCACAAUCAACAUGCUGGAUUUGGCGGUUCCGGCCCGAACAUCCCCCAGUCCAACUCCGCAUCUGAGACUACCACCGGUUUCGGCAGCUCUACCAUGCAGCAUACCUCGACUGAAACGCUCGCACUGCAAAACUCUAUGAACCCUGCGUUGCGUGAGUCUCUGGAUCUGUACCUGCAGUUAACAGCACAGGCUGGUGAGAGUGAUGCCAUGGAAAUCGAUGAAGAGUUGUAG